AUGAGCGCGUUCUCAGAGCUUUUCAAGAAAGCUCACGACGCUCUAAAUGGAAUACGAGGUGAGUGAGAGGGUCAAAAUUUGAUUGGUCUCACCGCAUUCCAGGCGUGAACUCGUUUUUUUUGGGGCGCGAUGGAGACGUUGUUUACUCCAAAAAUAACGUCUGUGUUCAUGAAACCGACGCAAAAGCGGUGAGAAUGUUUGAAAGGUUCUGUGUGAACUCUUGUGCACUCAGGGAGAAGACGAAGCCCACACUCCGGGCUAUCUGACCGUCCACUGCCAAUGCGACGAGACGAUGGGCCUGACGCUCAUUCUCCAGUGGCUUCCAAACUUGACUCUCCAGAAGAAUCCAGCUAGGUUUAACCAAGUUUCAUUCAUUUUCCAUGCUCUUGUGUUACAGCAUUCGUAGUGUGUCGCCCCGCGGAAAACAAAACCGCGAUGGCAAUGAGGUAUUAUUGUGUAAAACUGGAAAACACAAGAGUUCAUGCAUAUUUCAGAAGGAACAAUCAAAUCCACGAAAGCCGGCGGAAGAAGUUAAAGUUUCCGUGGCCCCAUCCGCGUCCGAUGAAGAAAGCGUAGGCGCCAAACUCAUUUCUAAAUUCUGAUUUUGCACUUUAAUAUUUUCAGAGUGUUUCUCUUGAUAUUCAGGUGGAGGAAUGUGGCACUGCGACCACAGUGAAACAGGUGAAACGCCCGACGACUUUGGUACCAUAUUCAGAAGUAAGAAAAAAGAAUCAAUCAAAUAAUGUUAUGAGCUAUUCAGCACACUAAUAAGGACCACAGCUUCAACGACGCGUUGGGAGUUCCAUCCAUCAAUGUUAUUCCACACACUCCGAUUAAGCAUGAAAAGGAUGGAUUGCAUGCUGCGGAUAAAGCGGACCCGGAUAGACAAUCUCAAUCUUCUUUAUCAACGUCGUGUGCUGACGAAAUGUCCGACAAGGAGCUGAGCUCUUCGGAAGAUGAGGACGAUGAAAGUGGUGAUUAUUGUCCAAUAAAACAGCUUUUCAAGUUAGGAACAAUUUCAGAGAAAGAGCCCGGAGCAGGUCUCGAGAAGAUUCUGGAAUCUACUCAAAUGUUCGAUAAGACCCCAGAACAAUUCGCAUUGGAGCACGACUUGAUGCUCACUGAUAGCAAGCCAGAUGAGAGCGAAGAGCGUGGGCGUAAGAAGACCACCGCUACAACUAGUCUUUUCUCGGUCAACCUCGGUAAUCGAGCACUAAUUGCUUUCGGCAAAAUGAUUUAUUUUAGGAAAAAUGCGGAGCAUGCGCGUAUUCUACUCAAAUCCAGAGUGCACUUCCGGCCAAUUAGUCAUCGCGACUCUUGACUCGCAUUACAAGGUUUACAACUUCCUUCCCGUACUCGUUUAUAUUUAUCCGCUCUGUUUAGAUUCUUCACUUCCAUCACGGUGGACUUGACAAAUUAGCCUACAUCUUUGAACAAUGGUCAGCUAUUAAAGCGCGAAGUGUGCAAGAAGUAGUCGAGCGCUUUUUUACAGAACAAUCAAAUGUUUUUUAGGGUUCCCCGUCGGCAAUUGCUGAUAAACAAUUGAUUAUAUGUCAGCCAGCGGUGACUACAUUAGAAAUGGACCCUGAGGAGGGGUUGUACGAGAAAAUAAAUUUGAAUACAUGGAGAAGCUACGAAAAUAAGCUAGGCGUUAUUGUGGACAGUGGAACCGUCCGGAAGGUUCGCAAAAUUCUACUGACAUCCUUUUCUAAUUGAAUAAUAACUUCUUUAGCACAUAUUCUUUGCCUCUGUGGAUGUCGAGAUGCGCGAGAAAAUAUGGCCUUUCCUGCUGAGAGUCUACCCGUGGGAGUCAUCUGCGGACCAAAGAGAAAACAUCAAGAACGAUCUGUUCUUGGAGUAUCAAAACAUCCGCAAGAAACGUUAUCGUGUCACCGAAAGUGCUCCGGCUAAAUGGAUUUCUAUCGAGAACUCUAUUAUGAAAGAUGUGGUCCGUACGGAUAGAAAGAACCCGUUUUUCUCUGGAGACCACAAUCCUAACAUCGACAUCAUGAAGUGAGACAUAUGUACCAGGUGAAAAAUAAUCAAAAAUCUGGUAACCUUUCAGAAAUGUACUUCUCAAUUAUGCAGUCAUGUAUCCGGAAAUCAAUUACAUCCAGGGAAUGUCCGACUUGCUGGCUCCGCUGUUGAGCACUUUGAAGUAUGACACAUCUUUCUUAUAUAUAUAUAUAUAUAUAUAUAUUAAACACAAGAGGUCUGUCUUCUUGUAUGUACGCUGGGUGCAGCAGAGAAAAAGACGGACCGGCAGGCUUGUGGGCUAAUAAAAUUGAAAUGAACAUUUUUUCAGGGAUGAAGUGGAUUCCUAUUUCUGUUUCAAAAACUUCAUGCAACAAACCGUUUUCUCAUCAACCCCACAGGGAAAUGAGAAUCUGAUGGAGACAAACUUGUCGUACUUGCGAAACAUGUUGAAGAUAUUCGUUCCGGACUUCUAUUAUCAUCUGGACAAACAAAAGGCGGAUGUCAUGCAGCUCAUGUUUGUUCAUCGCUGGAUUCUUCUAUAUUUCAAAAGAGAAUUCCCUGAGAAUCAUGCAUUACAUAUUUGGGAGGUUAGCCCUGAUUCUUGUCUUGGGUCUAGACCAUUUCGCUUUUUUUCAGAGUUGCUGGGCUCACUAUCGAACCAACUACUUCCAUUUGUUCGUCUGCGUGGCCAUCGUCUCAGUUUACGGAAAAGACGUCAUCACUCAGGAUUUGCCUCAUGAUGAGAUUCUCCUUUUCUUCGCUUCAUUGGCAAAUCACAUGGAUGCUAAGAUUGUGCUCCAAAAAGUGCGUAUAAUUAUGUGUCUAUUUUCAGUCGUUUUCUGUGGGCGUCUUCUGUGAAGGGGAGAAGCAUUGUAAUUAAAAUUUAAAACAUUUUUUUCUUUCCAGGCUCGGGGACUUCUUUUCGAAUUCACAAGAAUGGAAAAGAUCCCUUGCGUACUAGAGGGACUGUGUUCUGCCGAACCCGAACAAUGGAAAUCGCACAAGUCCUUCCGCAACUUCUACUGUAAUCAAGUGAGACAACUUUGAGGGAAAACAAGGCAAUAAAAGUGUUUUUUGUUUCAGAAACAUGGCGAUAAAGAAUCAUGUCCUUACCAGUGA